AUGACCCAACCUGUCGAUAUACAUUUGCAGGAUACUUUACGCCCUGUACAGGUUCCCGCACCGUUCACGAGGUGGGGAAUGGAUCACACCGGUCCAGUACGUCAUAAUAGUCUGGCGGCUUAUCUGUGCACUGCCAUCGAUCAUGCAACUUCAUAUGCCAUGGUAAUAUUGACUCAGUCUCCAAACACCGCCUCCUGCUUAGAACUUACACGCCAAAUCUACACAUUGUUCGGGAUUAAACAACUGGUAACGGACAAUGGACAAGCCUUCGUGAGUAAGGAAAUGUCUGCUUUUUGCAGGGAUAAAUCAAUUGAGCAGAGCCUAACAAAACCAUACCGUCCACAAACAAACGGCAAAGUGGAAAGAUUCAAUGGCACGAUUAAAAGUAUUUUCUACGCCGUAUCCUCUAUCAAUCCAUCCCGCAGCAUCCAGUGGAUCUUAGAUCAAUCGCUCAGCACAUACAAUCGACGUCCUAACUCUACUGGUUAUGCUCCCAUAUUCUUAGCUCUCGGAGUCACCCAUGAAGAACCUCCAAGCCCUUAUGUGCGAGAACUUACUCCAUCGGAAGAAUCAAGCUUUGCUGCCGACCUCGUGAAAUUGUAUAACCCGAGAGUGCAAAAUGCACGCAUGAAUGUCGCAACUGGAAAAGCAUCAAGGGAUGAAAUUCGUUCCUACCUUCAAGAGAGAAAGGCUCGCCUGAGAGUAUUUGGAAAAGGCGAUUGGGUUUUGAGGCAAAGAAAAAGAGACCAUAAAGGAGAACCAUUCUACGACGGUCCAUUUAUUGUUGGAGAUGCCACUCCUCAAAACGGAUACCUUCUGCGUACUCCCGGAGGGUUCACCCUACAAAAUGAAUACCAUGGACAACAGCUAUUUCCAGCUUAUGUUAGGGAUGGCCAUCCUGUUAGAUCUCUUUGGUACGGAAGCAAAACCCUACUUGAUAGAGACAGACGAAAAAUGUUGGAUGCAUUAACACCCUGGGAUCACGCUGACAACGUCUGA